CCCUUUCCCUUUGGUUAACCCGAAAACUAAUCCUAAUCUGUGUUUUAUCUUUCUCAUCAAUUUUCCGACGAGCCAAACAGCAGGAGCAAACGAAACUGAGAAAAUUCCCAUAUCCGACAACCUCACAAAGAUGGAGAUGAGUUUAGCAAACCUAGUAGCCCCACAUACUAAACCUAUGUGUCUUGUUCAAAAACAGUUUGUGUUUCUAAAUAACAGGAACAGGGACACCAUUCGCAGUACUGGUUGGACCAAAAGUAGAAGAAGGACACCCACCUGUGUUCUGGGUGCGAAGAGCUCACAGGUAAGGAGACAGACCUUAUCCAGCAAAUGGGAUGUGCCUGAUUUUUCUGCUACCACUUCAUCUCCAUGGCUGCCCAGAUUCGAAGAGCUUGAUACCACCAACAUGCUUCUCCGGCAAAGAAUUGUCUUCUUGGGCGCUCAGGUGGAUGAUCCAACAGCUGAUUUCAUUGUAAGUCAGCUCUUAUUUCUUGAUGCUGAAGAUUCAGAGAAAGACAUCAAAUUGUUUAUUAAUUCACCUGGUGGCUCUAUUACUGCUGGAAUGGGAAUCUAUGAUGCAAUGAAAUUGUGCAAAGCAGAUGUUUCAACUGUUUGCCUAGGACUUGCUGCAUCAAUGGGUGCAUUUCUACUUGCUGCUGGUACAAAAGGGAAGAGGUUUUGCAUGCCCAAUUCAAAAGUGAUGAUCCAUCAACCACUAGGAAAUGCUGGAGGCAGUGUAACAGAGAUGAGCAUUCGAGUAAGAGAAAUGAUGUAUCACAGGAUUAAGCUGAACAAGAUACUUUCAAGGAUCACAGGGAAACCUGAAAAGCAGAUUGAAGAGGACACUGACCGUGAUUAUUUCAUGAACCCCUGGGAAGCCAAGGAAUACGGACUGGUAGAUCUUGUUAUUGACGAUGGCAAGCCAGGACUAGUUGCACCUAUUACAGAUGCCACACCUCCACCCAAAACCACGAUAUGGCACAUGUGGAAAGUUGACGGGAGCAAGGAGGCAAAGAAGAACUUGCCUACAGAGCAUAUACUUUUACAAAAUGGAUCUGUUCGGGUUCCAAAAACCAAUGAAUAAAGAGGCAGGCUCAGAAGAGGAAAACAAAACAAAGCACCUACUUCAUGAGAUUUGGGACAUAAUUCUUAGUAUGUGUGCUUAUGGUUAUCAAUUACUGUAACAAAUUUUUAGGAAAUUCAAAAGGGAACAAUGUAAUGGCCCUCAAUUGCCCUUGAAUCUGGAAUACUUUUGUGCACCUUAACUAGCUCGGAGUGCUAUAAUUCUCUAAUUAUGUAUUCUUUUGGGGAUUAAAGUUCAUGUUUAAAC